CUCUCUCAAGACAACAAUGCCAACCGGUGGAUCUGACCGUCCUGUAUCACUGUUGAGAAAGCAAGACACGGCCAUCUUCUCCGACAAGAUACCGUCGACCAAACAAAGGUUAUCUUCUCAGGCACCAGCUUGUCCUUCCUUUAGAAUCUACUACUACGACGGAGCCGCCGGUUCCAUACCAUUCGGAUGGGAAUCCCAUCCCGGCACUCCCAAGCAUAAGCACCCCUCCUCCGAGCUACCUCCGCUGCCUCUCACCCCUCCGCCGUGUCAUUUGUCCUUCUCCAGUGAACAAAUCCGUCGUGGUUCAAGAAAACCCAUCAAGAAAAUCCUGGCACUAAUCCACACCAGACUCUUGUGGUUGUCAUCAGGAGGUCACAAGAAGAAUAAAAAGGACAUGAAACUGUCGGCUCCGUCACCGUCUCUGUCGGAGAGGGUACUGAUCGAUGAGAAUGAGUACCAUCUGUUCAAGUGUCAGACUAAAGGGAAGGUCCUUAGAAGAUUUUCAUCAUUUGAUUCUUCUAUUGCUACGCCAUUCGCAGAUCACAAUUCCCCUCUUGCUUCGGAAUUCGCGGAUGUUUCAUCAGGUGAUAUAUUAAUUUCAGUAUAA